UUUGUUUACAGUUAGUCUAUUCCCAUUUACAAGGCCGCUCAUCCUCGGUAAUAAACGCGCGCAAUGUUCAGCAGGAUUACAACACGGACAUCGUCUAGCAUUGCAGCAAACGCGCUGCUAUGCUUGCGUGAUUAUGAAAUAAAUGCUAAGAAAAUACUCCCGAUACCGGCAUGGACAUUUCUCGCAUCGGGAGCUGACGAAGAAGUGACCCUCAGAGACAACAGUCGGGCCUUUCUAAGGUACAAAUUAAGACCACGUGUACUUCGAAAUGUUGCAACGCGAGAUUUGUCGACAACGAUUCUGGGUAGGGAAAUCGACAUGCCUAUAUGCAUAGGUCCUACAGGGUUACACACAGAGGCCCACAAAGAUGGCGAAGUUGCGACAGCGAAAGGGGUUGCCGAUUUAAAUACUUGUUAUGUUCCUAGUAUCUAUUCCGGCCGACUUAUUGAAGAUAUCUUCCCUGUACCAACCAAAGGACCAAAAUGGCAGCAAAUAUUUAUCUGGAAAAAUCGCGACAUGACUAGGGAUGUCAUCAAGAGAGCGGAAGAUGCCGGUGCCGACGCACUUGUGUUAACAACAGACGUCCCCGCUCCUGGGAAUAGAUUGGGACUACGUCGUCUUCCUCCAGGACCCUUACCAAAAUUUGUUAACUUAGAGAGAUAUGGACCUACUGAAGGCAUUACAAUGGAUGCAUCUGUUACUUGGGAGUACAUCACAUGGCUAAAAUCUAUAACGAAAUUGCCGAUAGUACUGAAAGGCAUUCUUACUGAAGAAGACGCUGUGUUGGCAGCAGAGUACGGCAUUAAUGGUAUUAUUGUAUCCAAUAACGGUGGCAGGCAACUAGACACGGUUCCAGCAUCGAUCGAUGUUCUUGAAAGAAUCGCUAAAAGUGUCGGUAAUACAAUUGAAAUCUACAUGGAUAGCGGUAUACGCACAGGAACGGAUGUGCUGAAGGCUCUGGCAUUUGGAGCUAAAGCGGUAUUCAUAGGAAGACCCAUCGUGUACGGACUCGCGUUGCAGGGUGAAGAAGGCGUCAGUCAAGUUCUUCAAAUACUGAAAGAUGAAUUAAGCCUAGCAAUGGCACUCUCAGGUUGCCGAUCUAUCGGGGAUAUCACACCAUCUUUGAUAAUGAAGUCUACUUAGAGUCAAAGGUCACACAACGAGGCACGGGCAUUUAAUUUAUGUACGAGAGUUGCUCAUCGCGAGAAUUUUGCAUAAAUCCGUACAGUAGAAUCAUAUACCCAAGUUAGGCACCCGACAUUUGUUUUUACCUCUACUGACAGUGUUCUGAGCUCAUGAGCAAGUUCAAGUUCAAUUGCAUUAAAAAAAACUGUCGUUACUGUUCAUUUGAAAGACAACGAUAUCG